AUGGCUGCUAUCGGAGGCGUGCAGUCGAUCAAGUGUGUCGUCACUGGUGACGGUGCUGUAGGAAAGACAUGUCUUCUCAUCUCAUACACAACAAAUGCCUUCCCCGGCGAAUACAUUCCCACAGUAUUCGAUAACUACUCGGCGAGUGUUAUGGUCGAUGGCAAGCCCGUGAGCUUGGGUCUCUGGGAUACUGCUGGACAGGAGGAUUACGACAGACUGCGCCCGCUUUCGUACCCCCAGACCGACGUCUUCCUCAUCUGCUUCUCCCUCGUCAGCCCUCCGUCGUUCGACAACGUCAAGUCCAAGUGGCACCCCGAGAUUCAGCAUCACGCCCCCGGCAUCCCCAUCAUCUUGGUGGGCACCAAGCUCGAUUUGCGCGAGGACCCCGAUACCAUUGCGAGCCUGAACCAGAAGCGCAUGGCUCCGAUAACAUUCGAGAUGGGUGUCAACUGUGCCAAGGAGAUCGGCGCGAGGAAGUAUCUCGAGUGCUCUGCUCUCACCCAAAGGAAUCUCAAGUCCGUUUUCGACGAGGCCAUCAGAGCCGUACUCUACCGCGUCGAUACGACCACAGAAAAGAAGAAGCCCAAGUGCACUAUCCUUUAA